AUGGUCCAGUUCGACGAGUCUGCAGAGAAAUGUCUCGCAGCGAAGCCAUUUUUUGGACGCCUGAUCAAAUUUUGGCUCCCCGGUCUUCCCAUCCCCGCCGCGGCCCCGGGCACCGGACCAAUGUUACAUUUCUUUCACAUUGGCCACUUUUUUAAAGAUUGGCGGCUGACCCUACUGCAGGUGUUCUUCACUUUCAUGGUCGCCGUGUAUGUGGCCGUUCGAUCGGUGCUGUUCUGGAGCAUCGUCAGCUUCGAUCAAGUCGCGACGGGUUUCAACAGCUGGUGCUACACCUCAUGGACUUCACCUAGCGACUCGGACCAAACAGUCCCACACUGCGGCGCAAACCCCUCCUUCGACUUAGCACCCAUUGUUGUGUCACAGCUUGGUGGCAUUGAAGCUUACAACCACACCUGCCCGCGUGUGACAGGAGCGGACAUCAUGAAGCAAGUCGGCGCCGAAGCCCAGGUCACCCUUUGGCAGCAGCUUCGCCGAAACACUCCCGGCUGCGAGCCAGGCGCGGAGCCGGGUGCGGUGGACGUGAAUGGCAACAGGUGCUUCGAGAAUUUCUUCAUGGAUGGAGUGGAGGACUUGCCAUUGUUCCUUAUCCACACCGUUUCGGCUUCACAGACGGGCAUCCGGCGCAACAUGAUGGAGUGCCUGAUCGUCAGGAAGAUAGGGGAUCCACCGCUGGGCUAUACCGCCGUGGGCGAAAACAACAACGGAUGGGCCUUUACCCUCCGAGAACUUCUUCAGUAUGCGGGCAACGUGACCCUGGAUGAUUUCAACGCGGGGAACGUCGUUCCGGUAAGGCCAGACACGAAGAUUCGCUACCGCCAUACCGGCUUCAUCCUAACCCUGCGCUUCCGGUAUUGGAACUACCAGGCAUUCCCGGAGGCCUACUGGGACCUGACGAGCUUUCCCUGGGAUUGGCAGCCGAGCGAGCCCCGGUGUGCGGUCGAGGUGGAGCUGCAACCGCAGGUAGAGUCAACGUGA